UAAAAAAUGAGUGUCGAUAUCUACUUCCUGUUUUAAAGUGAUAAACACGAUUCAUGUGUAGAGUGGAUUUUCCAGUUCACAGACAGAGUCUGAAAUCGUGACCGCCUACACCCAUCGACUGAUUUGAUUUGAAGUCAAUAGAUUUUAGAGUGUUGAUGUUAGCUCAAGAUUAAAGUGACAGGGGUCAGAGGUCAUAAGAUGUUGUCCAUCCUCAUCCAGCAAUGACUUGGUGAUCUUUUUCUCAGUGGGCUGACAGUUGGAGGUCAUCAGAGGUUAACUAUAGCUGCUACAGAGGCCGAUUGCAGGGUUCACUGGAGGAGGUGAAAGGUCAAGAUGUAGAACUCUCAGACAAAUCUUGCGACAGUUCUACCCACCAUGGUUACUACGACGGCCGGGAAGUUUGAAGUAUGUUGUAAUUAACUCCAAACACACACAAGUCAUGAAGCAGAGACAUACAUCCUAGCCAUUUGACCUUCAUUUUGACAUCGCCAUGACUGUGGAGUUGGCCUUGAACCUUGACGGGUUCUUUAUACCUGUGAUCGGAGGUGUUGUGGGCCUCUUUCUCCUCGUCUACGUUGUAGGGGGUUGUUUAUGCUUAGGAGGGAAACAAAAGGAAACAUCGCUGAGUACUGGCAAAUAUGUAUCAGGACGGGACACGGACACGGCUGCUAAUCCUGUGGAGAGCGUGACUGUGGAUGUCGACAAUGGUCUGGUUCCAUUAGAGAAUGGUCAAGCAGGAGGCAGUCUUAGAAUCAGUAACAAUAGCCAAAGGAGUCCUGGGCAUUCCCCUCAUCACGCCAACCAGCGACAGCUCCCGGCACCGCCCCAAAGCAACGGCGCAGUCAAUCCAACACUUCCAAUGGACGAAAACGAUUGUGAUGAUUACGACCAUUUGGAAAAAAGUGUAAAACCGGGAAACAAGCGUGGGUCCAAUUAUGAUCAUGUUAUUCUCGGAGAGGAUGGAUCGGUGAAAAUCAAAGAAAGGAAAAUUGUAAGUGAUACUGAUUAUGCCGAGGUGAGCAUAGAAAACAUCUACACACCCGUCAAGGAACAGGAAACAUCGGCGAAUAAGGCUCGUGUAAACAUUCUGGAGACUUCAAACGAGGACGAAUAUGCAAUGGUCAGUGAUGAAAGGGAACCAAUGCUACCGGAAAAUAUCAAGGGCAAAGAAGAUCCAUAUGCGAAAGUUAAAGAGAAAGAGGAUCCAUACGCAAAAGUAAAAGAUAAAAAGGACCCAUAUAAUAAGGUCAAAGAGCCAGAUGACCCCUACAACAAGGUCAAGGAAAAAGAUGACCCUUACAACAAGGUCAAAGAGAAAGACGACCCUUACAAUAAGGUCAAAGAGAAAGACGACCCUUACAAUAGGGUCAAAGAGAAAGAUGACCCUUACAAUAAGGUCAAAGAGAAAGACGACCCUUACAAUAAGGUUAAAGAGAAAGAUGACCCUUACAAUAGGUUCAAAGAGAAAGAUGACCCUUACAACAAAGUGAAAGAUGACGACCCUUAUAACAAGGUUAAAGAGAAAGAUGACCCCUACAACAAGGUCAAGGACGAUGACCCAUACAACAGGGUGAAAGAGGAAGGAGAGUCAGGUGGUUCAUUUAUGGAUUUUGACCCUUACAAUAAGGUCAAAGAUGUUGACCCCUAUAAUAAGGUCAAGGACACUGAUCCAUACAACAAGGUCAAGGAUGUUGACCCUUACAACAGGGUUGAAGAUGUUGAUCCGUACAACAGAAUAAAGGGGGAUGACCCACCCUAUAAUAAAAUAAAAGGAGACGAUAUUGAUGAUCCUUACAACAAAGUAGAUGAGGAUGACUUUGUUGAUAUUACGGAGGAUCCGAAAUAUCCUUACUCCAUGGUUGAUCCUAAUAGGAAAGCGAAACAGGUGACAACAAUUACAGUGACUCAUAACGGUGCUGAGGAGCCCACUGCCUCUCCGGCUGGUGCCCCCCAAGUUGUAGAUACAUUCAAAGUUGAGGAAGGUACGGAUGAAUAUGCUGUUGUUGUGAAAAAUAGAUCAGACUCAUCAUCGGUGGCCACUGUUGUGACCGAGUCGAUGGUCACAGACAAUCCCCCAGAGGUCAGCCCCUAUACUCUGCCCCCUGAACCCCCAAGGAAUUACAGGAGUGAGGAAACGUCCGUACAAGCUCCGCCUUCAACUCAUGGAUCCGCACUGCCACCAGUCAGUUCAGUCAACCAAUCACAAACACAGACCUCAGCUGCUACAAGUGUGAGUCAAACCUCACCUGCUGAAGGAGACGCUGUGCAGGACACAGGUCCUCCUCGCCGGGAACCUGGCUACAUCAAGCUGACGUCAAGAGAGUCGAUGGCUAGCAUUAACGCACGCCGCUCUCUCAACACGUACGAAACUGUGGCAGAGACAGAAAACAUGUAUGCAACAGUGGAAGGUAGUUCAGGAGAUGGGAUUGUUCAGGCUGCACCCACAAAUCCUGUUCCUAGCCGAGCCAGCCUCCCCAACGACUUCUAUGCAGAAAUUGGGGGUUCAGGUGAUGGGGUUGUACCAGCACCCUCCCCAAAUCCUAUACCAAACAGAAACAGCCUGCCAAAUGACUUUUAUGCAGAAAUUGGAGCAUCGGGAGAACAGCAAGCUCGUGUUCCAGCCCCACCCUCAUUGGAUAGUCUUCACCUCAUGACAAAGACACACCAUGAAGGUCGUCAAGGUUCAAGGUCAUCCACAGAAGAAAGUGAAUUUCGACACAGCAUACCAGAGCAGUUGUCGCCAAGCGCCUUUGUCAACUCGCCUCCAUAUGGGGCAUCGGCCAGAACAAGUUACGCAGAGCCAAAAGUGUCCAGUCCCAAUGUCCGGGGCACUAAUGGUAAUGUGAUCCUUGACCCCAAUUACCAGACUGUCAGGGAUUGUGUCAAUGACCCUGACCUUGACUGUGACAUUGACCCCAAUUACGAAAGUGUAGAGGAAGCAAAAGCAAAAGCAUUUGUGUUGGAAGAAAAGAAAGAAAACGGACAAAAUUCGACGGACACCAAGAUAAAAAGAAAUCACGUUUAUGAAGAGGUGAAACCGUCGUCAGAGACAAGAGGAAAUCAGACGCGCGCUUUACGCUCUCACAUGUACGAGGACAUUAACGAAGUUCAGGAGCAGAAACGUGAACUGAAUAGGAAGUCUCAAGUAAUCUCAAAAUCCAAGAAAAUGUGAAAAAUAUAAUUGAUUUCAUUCAUGUUAUGAUUUUAUUACCCAUGUACACAGAAUCUUAAAGUCACAAGUAAUCUCAAAUUCCUACCAGAAACCAAAUGAUAAAAAGUUAAUAUAUAUAUACUGCCCGAUUUAAAUGCACUCAAUACAAAAUAAAAAUAAAUCUCAAUUUCAGUUGGGAGGGGAAAAGUUUAAAUGCUGCUGAAAUUGAAAUUUAUAAUUUAACAAUUAUUUUAUGGUAAUUGGAAACUGAUUGUUUUGCUUUGCUUGCUUACAAUAGUUUUUAAACAAUAAUUGCAAGAAUUGGUCUUUUAAUGCUGUUUAUAUACUGAUUGUUGCAGUAUACAAUACUGUAUACAUACAUGUAUACUGAUUUUAGCAGUAUAAAAUACAAUACAUGUAUUGUAAAUAUACUGAUUUUUGCAGUAUACAAUACAGUAUAUGCUGAUUUAAGCAGUAUACAAAUAUUGUACAUAUACUGAUUUCAGCAGUAUACAAUACAGAAUUUAUGCUGAUUUUGGCAGUUUACAAUACAGUAUAUACUGAUUGAAGCAGUAUGCAAUACUGUUUUUAUGUUGAUUUUAACAUUUAAAAACAGUACAUGUACUGAUUUUAGCCGCUAUAUUGUACAUACAUGUAUACU